AUGGCUGAUUGUCCCUCAUCGUCCUCCAGCAGCCAGAUGCAGUCGAUGCCUCCCGACUUCGAGACCCAAUUCACCGCGGAAUGCAACAUCAAUGAGACGCAAUCUGAUAUCGACAUGACUGACACUCGCGAGGCUGAGAUGCCGCUUCCAUCCUUCCAGCCUCAGUUCACCUUCGACUCCAGUUGGAAAUCUGACGACGAUGAAGACAAAAAUGACGUCCAAGGUAGUACUGAGGGAGACCAAAGCCAAAUUAACAUCUUCCAAGACAACUCCCUCUUCGGCGACGGCGGGAUGCAAAGCAGCAACCCGAAAACGCCAGAGAGCAUCCCCGAAACGCCUCCCUUCAGCCAAGCAGGCGUGAUGAACCCACCCGCCACCUCACCUGCACUCGGCGAGUCAAGUCAGAGAUCCCCAUCGAGUUCCCAGCACAGCAGCGACGGCGUUGACCACGGAGCUGGCAGCGACUAUGACUUCCCGCCCUACCCUUACGGAAACCCAGUGCUGGAUCCCCGCCUCGGAACACAGGUCCCCGGAUCACAGUCUCCGCAUGAUUAUUACGGUUCUGUUGAAGACAACGAGGAAUCAGUCAGCUCUGUGCAUGAGCAGCGUGGACGCGGACAUGAAUUCCUAUCAGAAAGCCGUAGCGUGACACCAGAAGCGCACGGUAGCGGUUACGACAAGUACGAGUUCCGGGAGCGAGACAGAGCUGUGGCCACGACACACUUGGACUGGGAUAAAUCUGGCGACUACGAUCCCAGCGCGAAAGAAGGGCGAAGGCCAAAAAAGGCGGAUGGAGCUGAGAGCAGCAGUAGCAGGAAGCGUAGGUCGGGCCAGGCGCUUCAAGAGCAGGAUAAUAAGCCCGGUGAAAAUGGACAGCGGCGGCAGAAAAAACCAAAGACGUACUCGUUGGCGUACGCCCGCUUCAUCGGCGCGUCAUGCAUGCUCACGGUGAGCUUGAACUCGGAUGCUGGGAAGGAGGUGGCGAGCAGGUUAGGGGGCGAGGACAAUUGGCCGUUCGAACCGUACAACUACGUGUCGGAUGAGUACAUCGCGCAGAAUUGGGUCGGGGCUGAGAACGGCGACGACGAGGGGACAGAUGGGCCGAGUCGACAACUUCGUCCGCGUAAGCGCUACGUCCAUUACGGUUCAUCUUGCUCCGACGAGGACCUCCUCCCACCCAUCCCGGACCCGGCCGGCAUCGAGGAUGACCUGCGCAACCACCCGGCAGCUCGCGGCUGCGUCGAGUGCAGGAGAGAGGGGAAGAAGUGCUCCCUUCGCGAGUCGGGUGGGAGCUGGCCAUGCCAGAAUUGUCUUGAAAACCACUCGGGCGAGGAAUUCAUCGCGUGCGAGUUUAUCGUGCCGCCAACGAAGAAGAUGCCCUGCGAGGAGUGUGCCGAGGGCGACAAGGAAUGCUCCUAUAACGACCCAGACUCGGACCACGCGGCCGCAUGCCAGCAGUGUCAGGAGGGCGACCUGACGUGUGUCGCCAGUCCGGAUAUAGAUUGCCUACCCAAGCGCGUCACCUACACGCCGCCGCCGGGCGAGACGUACACGCCGUACCGUCCCUUUGUUGCAUGCACGGCGUGCCGCCAGGUCAAGAAGUCGUGCUCACUGAAGAGCAAGCAAGACCAGCCACCCUGCCGCGCGUGCGAGAAGGCCGGCAUCGAAUGCACGUUCGAGAAGCUGAUCCCCACCAACGCCGGGAAGCAGAAGGCCGCAUCGAAAACCGCUGGUCGUGAGGAUGCUCCGGCGAGCUCGAACUCUGCAGAGGGUGGCCCGGUGCGUCCUCCGGGCGGCAGUGUUGGUGGCAUGGCAGCGCGCACGCCCGACUCUUUCAGCCUCCCAAUCCGCACUUCAUCGACCAGCUCCAUCGGCGGCCUGACGCGCAUAUCAAGCUCCAGCGCCGCGCGAGGCGCCGCUGCCUUACCACCAUCCAAGAAAAAGAACCCGCGUGAUAGCGGCGUUGCCGGCCUCGCGAAGUCUGCCACCCCUUCUUCCCACAGGGCCGCCCAUACUUCCUCCUCUUCUUCAUCCACCCUCCCCCGAAGUCGCCGCGGCGUAACCAUGAGCGGCGACGGCAUAACCAGCUUCCGCAGCGGCGCCCGCACCGUCUCCGACGCAGCCCGCCGCAUCCAGCAGGAGAAGGAACGAGAAAGACUUCAGGCGCGCCAGAACCGCAAGAAAGACCGCUUCACCCACAUGAACCCGUCGUCGACCCUGAAAUACAACCCGGACAACGCAAAGGACUACACGCCCCCGGCCGACCGCGACAUCCCGGCCUCAUACCACGUGCUCCCUCCACCUGGCCCGGACAGGCCGCAGGUAAUGAAGGAUGCCGACGGGCACACCGGCUACGUGCGCGAGAUCGUCACCGCGCUGCCGCACCCGGUCGUGUUCGACAUCAACUCUUCUUCUUCUCCUGGUGGCGACGCUGGCGGUUGCCGCUUCUGCCAGCAGCCCCCCAGCUUCGCGCUGCUGGGCUUCAGCUGGAAGAAGCCGGCCGUCAUCCACUGGAACGACGGCCGCGGCUACACCGAGAUCAUGGACGGCCACGCGACCUUCGGCGCCGCGCCGGCCCGCAUGUGUCGCGCGUGCGUCAUGGCGCGCGUCGACGUGCUGAGCUGCGAGGAACACGAGAUGGAGAGCUUGUUGCCGGCGCAUUGGGGCCCCGUCGAGCGCGAUGAGCGGGCGGCGGCUAUGAUGCAGCGGUUGAUGGAGAAUGGCAUCAGCGGCGGCGGCGGUGGGAACCACCAUCACCACGGCGGAGGAGGAGAGAUGAUGGAUCGCUGGUGUGCGGUUUGUCCGGGUGCGGCGGUUUGGCGGUGCUGCAGGGCGCAGGGGAGGGAUGAGGACGAGGAUGACGAGGAGGAUGAGUUGGGGCUUAUCGCGGCGGCGGGUGCGGAUCAGGGUCAGGAGGGCUGCGGUCUCUUCUUGUGUGACGACUGCAAGGUGGAGUGGGAGGACUGCGACCGCGAUUUGCAGGAGCUGCUUGAGCGGAAGUUGAGCACCGAGAAGGGCGUCAUGGAGUGCAGAGCGGAUGCGGGGUUCUUGCUGCAGGAAGGCCUGCUGAUGAAGAACGUCGAGGCGGAGUUGAUGCCAGGCCAGUAG